CACAGUCCCGGCCCCUCCACUCAGCCCCCCUCACGCCUCCCCCUUCCCAGAUCUUCUCGGUCCUCUCGACACUCUGCAGGAUGGACGUCGUAAAUCAGCUGGUGGCCCAGGGUCAGUUCAGGGUGCUGAAGGUUCCUCUGGGCUUCAUUAAGGUCCUAGAAUGGUUCUUCGCCAUCUUCGCCUUCUCCACCUGUGGCAGUUAUUCCGGGAUGUUCAAGAUUGCGGUGGAGUGCAAGAACCGGACGCAGAGCGACCUGAAAAUAGAGGUGGAGUUUGAGUAUCCCUUCAGACUCCACCAGGAGUAUUUUCAUGCCCCCACCUGUAAGUCUGAGAAUAAAGAACCGAUUUUCCUGGUUGGCGACUACUCCUCCUCGGCCGAAUUCUUUGUCACCAUCGGCGUCUUCGCCUUCCUGUACUCUACGGCGGCUCUCAGCAUUUACGUCUUCUUCUUUGAAAAGUACAAGGAGAACAACAAGGGCCCACUGAUCGACCUGGGAGUCACUGGAGUGUUUGCCUUCAUGUGGCUGGUGAGUUCGGCAGCCUGGGCCAAAGGUCUGUCCGACGUAAAGACUGCGACCAACCCGGAUGAAGUCAUCACUAUGAUCCCCGCCUGUAAAGAGGAUGAGAACAGCUGCCGUGAAGUCCACGACCCGGUUAUGUCUGGAUUGAACACCUCUGUGGCAUUUGGUUUCAUUAACCUGAUCCUGUGGGUUGGAAACCUCUGGUUCGUCUUUAAGGAGACGGGCAUCAUCGCUCCCUUCAUGCGGGCUCCGCCUCCUGAGGGCAAGCCUGCCGCACCCGAUGCCUAUGGCCAGCAGGGAGCCUAUGAGCAAGACCCGUAUGCCAGCAACCAGGGAGGCUACCAACCUGACUACAGCCAGCAGGGAUACAACCAGGAAGCGCAGUAUGGUCAGGGCUAUGGCCAGCAGGGGGCGCCCACCUCCUUCUCCAACCAGAUGUGAGCUGACAGGAAGAAGGACAAGUCGGAGUGAACCAACAGUGGGUCGCUUGCAACCAGCCCACAAUGUGACACUCCUGGCUGCAAAGUUAAUGGGUGGGGUGGGGGAGGGAUGAGGGGAAAGGGGGGGUUAGAUGUUCACUACAAUGAAUUGAUGUGUAAAUGACUAAAAAAGAGAGUUAUAGAUAAUAAAUCCACAACUUGAAGAAUCCACCAAGACAUCGGUGACGAAUAGAAACCUGAAACCAGUGACGAUGUUGAUAAGAGUUAUUCAUAUUAAUUAAUCUGUGGAGAGAAUGUAUGUUUGUGUUGUAUAGAUAUCACUAUGAACAGAUAUAUAAUAUAGACUGAAAUGUUUCUUGUUUCCUAUUGAUCUGCCCUGCCCAAAGUUUUAUGCCCUGCCUCCUUACAUCAGCAAACCAGAUUCACACCAGCCAAUCGUGAAGCUGUUGAGACUGGGUCCACACUGAGAAAAAUCCAAUGAAAACCAGAUUUAAACCAAAAUGAGAACCACAUUAAACAAACUAACAGAGCGUCUGCAAACAUCACCUCCCCGCUGCAUGUAAAUAUCAAACAGGAAGUGAUGUCAAUCUGGGCACGUAGUAAAACCCAGUCCGGCCUACAGCAUCACAGUGACGCCCGGUGGAAACUGGAUCCAAAAUGGCCCCUCGUCAUUACAGUUUGCACAGUUUGUGUGUUUAAUGGGCUCAGCCGAGCUUCGAUCUGCUGUGUGUUACAUUCCAGCUGCAGAAACGUCCAUCUGGCCGAUCACCGCCGCUAAAACUAAGCCAGAUCUGAUUCUACUGGCUUCUACUUUGGGUCUAAACUCGGCUAAGACCAAUCUGAUGAUUUCGAUGUACUGCUAUGAUGCCAUCAAUGGAAACGCCCAUCAGGAGCAGGCAGUACAAUUCACUGCCCCUCAAAGGGCUUCCAGAUUUAAACCAAUUAGAAAGUGAAGGUGGGCUUUUGGAGGCGGGGAGCCUAAAGAGAGACAAACGAAUGGAAGACUAAGUAUGGGAUAAUUAUUUGGACUGACUUAUGCAAAGCCUCUGACUUUGCUUUGUUCACAAGCUUUUUGGAUCAUCAGAGGUUUUAAGCAACAGCUGUUUCCAGUACACGAUAAAUAUCUUUACCUGAUAAUUACAUCCUGAUACAAGUUGUUGUGCUAUGAGUCUACAACUCAAUGGCAGGGUAAAUUUCCCCACUUGGAAACUCACUUUUCCCAUUCUAAAUGGUGGUGAUGUGAAAAUCAGAGCACAAAAUUCAGUUAAGAUUCCUCCAUGACUCACAUGUUGAUCUCAGUUAUUGGCUUAAAUCUUCAGAUGGAUGCUUCUGUCAGCGAGCUACUUUGAAAUGUUGCAAUUGUUUUUUACAUUUAUUUUAAUUUGUCUUCUGUUAGCCAAUCGAGUCUUUCUGGAAAGUUCUGGGUCUAUAAAAAAGUGAUGCUUCUUCCUCUUCUUCUUCUUGGGUUGUUUUUCUUGAAAGUGAAGCUGUUUUUAGCGUCGGUAUCUUCCUCCCGCAUGGUGACGUGUUUACUGCUCGUGUCGUUCAGUAUCUGAAGAUCAGUGUGAUUCUACUUCCUGUUUCCUGUGUGUGCGCGCGUGUGUGUUUGUGUGUGUGUGAGACCAUUACCUGUCCAUACUACUUCAUUGGCUCUUUUUAUCCUUUCUCUCAUCUUUUAUGCUUUUAUUUCUCCUCCAUUCACUUUUCUUUCUUUCCUUGUUUUGUUUUGUUUUUUUACCCUCCCUCUUUAUUCUUCAUCUUCCUCUUCUCCACCUUUGUGAUGUGUCCUCUUGUGUCACAAUAGUCUACUCGGCAUCAGUAACCAUGGCGAUGGUGUUGACAGUGAUGAUGUGUGUGACUUGUUGCUAUGGAGACAUCCCCAACCCAAUUCCCCCUGCUGUGUUUAUUCAAUGGAAAGUUUCAAUAAACGACAAACUCAUCUCA